AAAAUAACUUUUUUGUUCUUAAAUGCUUUAUUUUAGUUUCCAUAUUAAAAUAGAAAGCCUUGGAUAAUUCUUUUAAAUAAAGAAGCAUAGUGAAAUAAUUACAAAAUUACUUGUUUAUACAAGUCCUCAUUAAACUUAAGGUUCCAAUAUGAAUAAUUGUUUUUAUUAAACUGCUUUUUAGCUGAUUAAAAUGUAAUUUCGAAUUUGAUUGCGGAUCAAAAGAUUUGAUUAACGCAAUCAAAACAAUUAUCAUCCUAAUUAAAAAUGAUGAAAAUAUUAUGAAAAACAACCCAAGCCGACCGAGAACACUUACUUUGAUCACGAUUCCUCAACAUUCAUGACAAAACACACACAAGCCCACAACAUGAGAAUGAAGUUUGUAAAUCCAAAUUAUUCAUUUGCUAACCAUGUACGACAAAGAGAACUUCUUAUCUUGGUCUGAUGAUAUCGACCUUGAUGCUCUACUAGAAUGCUACACAGAGUCUGAAACUGCCGAGUUUUCAGAUGAAGAUUUUGAGCCUUCACCUGCCAAAAAGUCUAAGACUGCAACAACAACACCAUCUCAGCCUAGCCAACUCAACACGCCCUGUUACCAGUGUCCAGAUUGUGAUAAGACGUACAAGUCAAUUGCUGGGUUCAGAGGUCAUGUACGACAAAAGCAUGGCAUUACAAGUAUAAAAGUUUCAGAGCACAGAAAAGAUGGUAUUACAGAAAAAAUCAACAAUAAAACAUCUUUUAGUAUGACCCCAGAAGAAUUUACUAAGAUCUUUGAAACAUCAUAUCAAGAAGCAUUGGAAAACAUAAUAAACAGUCCUUUCAGGAACAGUAGCCGUUCUAAGCAUGGGAAAGGUAUUCUGGCAAUUACUUUAUAUUAUGCAACAAGUCAACAGACACACACACAAUUGUCAGAAGAACUAGCACCUGUUUUCGCAAACUUGUUUGAAAAAGUAGAGUCGGAUUGCAAUACAGAUUUGAACACAUCUGAGAAACUUUUCUCAUCUUUUUAUAAAAUAACAGUUGAUAAUGAAUUUCAAUCAAAGUUAUCUGCCAUUGUUACAUCUGAAUUUGAGAACAUUGAAUUCGAAGGUGAACUUUCCGCUAAACUGUUUUUAUCUGUGCUACAAGAUGCCCUACUGAAGUCUCUAGUGAAAAACCGUUCACAGCUGUACCAAAAGAAUGCAACUAAGCUAGAUACCACAAUGACAAAUUCAGACCAAUCAGUGCUUUACUACAUUUCAGGGUAUAUUAUUUCAAAACUUCAGAAGAAAACAUACCAACACAAAAACUUGAAAAACCAGAAAAUUCGUGAAGCUAUGACUAAUUUUGUGGUAAAACAAUCAACAAUGUUACAAGAGCAUGUUAAAAAGUUUGCGGAGUGGACCGAGAAAUUAAACAGAGGAGGACUCAAAAUUCCAAGUGACAACUUUUAUUAUUUCAUCCGGCAUUGUGAAAUUGUUCUCCGGCAAAGUAUUGACCUUGGCAAUGUGAAUUCCCAAACACUUAUGAUUACAAACCUGAAAGAAGUUAUAGUUUCCGCACAUAUGGUAAAUUAUUACUGGGAAAUUUUGUGUGAUAACAAUGAAUUUUCUUCAUAUAUCAUGGAAUCAUGUGUUUCAUUAUUUUUAACAAUCCGUGGCCACUCCUUAGCACGUGCAGUGCAACUUCAAAUGCCCAAUAGCACAUCACAACAUGAGAAGCCACUAAGGAAGGUUUUGAAAGACAAAUCUGAUAACCGCAAAUAG